UGUACUUGUUGCAGUGUGGAACGGUUGCCGGGAGACCAUUAGCAGGGUGAUCGCAUUCCUGAUGAUGGAUGGUUAUCUCAGUUUGGAGCAGCUGUUUGCAGCUCUUCCCGCCCAGUGGAUCUGGAAGGAGGGCACAAACAGGCUCGAGCUGGUCAGCUUGCAUUCGACAGCAGAAAGCAAAGGAAAGAAGUCACUUGCCAGAGUUCGAGCCAUCCUGGACCCGGUGAACGAAGCUCUGGAAAAAUCGAAGUAUGGUAUUUCCAGACGCAGUUUUUCCAUAAUGACCAAGUCGGGAAGCGUCGGACAGAACCUGGCCAAGCUGUCAGAAUCCCAUAAACUGGAGCUUCGCCAGAACCAAUUUGUGACUCUUGAGGAUGUCAAAAACGCCGCUUUCAUCUUGCUGGGCGAAAAUGAUUUGCCGGAUGCACAGAAACGUUUUCGGCCAAUGUUAAGGACCCAGCAGUUAAAUGAAUUCCUCAUGGCCUUACUCAAUUACUUCUCUGUGUUCCUGGGUGCCCUUGGACUGGACUCCAAGUCAAAAGAGUUGUUGACAAAUGCUGGUAGUCCCGAGAGAGUGGAGGCGGGUUGGACCAAGGCUAAAAAGGAGCUGGCACAGAGGCACAUGGCAAGGACGUACUCCGCUCUGCUGCUGGGCUUGGACUCGGUUGAUCUGCACCACAUGGCAUGCGGGAAGGCGAUGGGGUCAGCUACACACAAGGACAGGCAGCUGUUUGAGUGUCUCUAUGCCUACAGCAUCUACGUGGCCUGGGUGACGUUUGGGAGGAAAAACAUGGAUCUGAUCAGGGAUGAGAUCGGGCGACUCCUUCGCUCUGACAUCUUCAAUCCUGCACCGAAGGUGAAAGAUGAGGAGAUGCAGACAGAACACAGGGGGUUUCUAUUGAAGCGCCCACCCAUCAGCUCCAUCGUCACUCAACGCUCGCCAGUGCUCCGAACCCUGCUGCAGAGCCCCAGGGAGAAGUCCAUCUACCUCUUCAGACAACACCCGGUGAAUCCAGGCUCCAGGAUCGCCCGAGAGGAUGAGAGGACCAGUGUCAUGGACAUAGACCCCAGCCCAACCCACCCGCUGGGCAUCAUUGGUGAACCCCUCAGCAAGUUCCUGCCGGACACACUGGUUCCAAUCGAAUCUCACCUAGAGGAAGAGGAGGAGAAGGAGGACAAGGAGGAGGAAGACCUGCUGCAGAAGAGCCUGCACUCUCUCACAGAGCUGGGGGAUCUCUCUUUGGGACCAGAGAGCUUUCAGAGUCAUGCCAUGGCCAUAUCCAGGGCCACCACUGCCGCCACCGAGUCUGACUACAACCUUGUACAGUAACCCAGAGAGAGAAAGCCUCUCCAACCCCACCUAUCAUCUCUACCUCAAGCCCUUUGAAUCCGUUCAAAAUAAAACUCUCAA